AUGGUCCAAGCGGUGAGCCAGAGCCAAAGUGUUGGGUUAAGGUUGACGCGUCUGAUCGUUGUUGACAAGAAGCUUGGCGGCGUUUGUCCAGACGCCAAGGUUGCCAAGGCGAGAGCAGGAUCGCGGGUGAAGAAGGUUGUCUCAGCACGUGUGGGAAGUCCGGGGAAUCAAGAGUUCACGAAGUCGCCAAAGUCAAAGUGCGUGGAGGACGAAAAAGUCCCGACUUCAAACUUUGAAAUCACCAACCUCAACGACAUCAUCGGACGGACCCCAGGACGCCCCGGCCAUCGCCUAGCUCGCGAUGCAGAAACCGAAGCUGACAUGGCGCCGAGACGAACGCCAUGCGCAAUCGCAAGUACCGUGAACUUGGUCGGCCAGCGGCAGGCAUUGCAACCUGACGUCCAUUUAACGUGGUUUCGUCUGAAGUUUCGAUCUCAAGUACCAUCAACAACAGACCCUGCCUGGCCCAGUGGACGGUGGGAGCAACCCUCGGGCAUGACUUGUUGUGCGUGCUUCAAAACGGCCGAAACUGUGAUUUGCAAGCAGAGUCGUGUUUGA